AUGCACUAUGGUCCUCUGUACAAGCACAUUCACAAGAUCCACCACGAGUACGUUGCACCUUUCGGUCUUGCGGCCGAGUAUGCGCACCCUCUGGAAGUCCUGAUCCUGGGUCUCGGCACCAUUGGUGGCCCAUUCCUGUUGUGUGCCUAUACCAAGGACCUGCAUAUCUUGACCGUGUACAUUUGGAUUGUGCUCCGUCUGUUCCAGGCGGUCGAUGCUCACUCUGGUUACGACUUCCCUAUUAGUCUGCACAACUGGAUUCCCUUCUGGGCAGGUGCCGACCACCACGACUACCACCACAUGGCCUUCCUUGGCUGCUACUCGACAAGUUUCCGUUGGUGGGACCACUUUCUCGGUACGGACCGUGGCUACCAGCGAGUUCGUGCAAAGCAAAAUGCUGCCAAGCUCCGCGCCAAGGCAGAUGAACUUGACCAAGUUGCUGCCAAGUACAAGAUCAAGUAA